GAACAGAACUCGCAAAACAGUAAUAGGUACAUCCCUGAACAGAUAGUCCUCUCUAAAAGUAAUGUCAAUAUACCCAACCCUGUUAUAAGCCAAUGUAUCGCCCAUGCCAGCUCUACUGGUACUAGUUCCAAAUUGUUAGAAGAUGAUAUCCCACAUCUAAUAUAUCUGAUAACACAUCUAGCGACAAAGUAA